UGUUCCUUCGAUGAGAUGCGAACAUACGGACUGUUAGGAGCCAGCGGGUGCGGCAAAACCACCUUGCUGUCCUGCGUCGUUGGAGUCCGCUAUCUCGAUAGCGGAGACAUAUGGGUCUUGGGGGGAACUCCGGGUAGCGAUGGCUCCGGAAUUCCUGGGCCUCGAGUGGGUUAUAUGCCGCAGGAGAUAUCGUUAGUCGGAGAAUUUUCCGUGAGCGGUGCUCUUUAUUACUUCGGCAGGAUCAACGGGCUUGACGACGAGGAGAUCGAGACAAGAACGAAGUUCUUCUCGGAGUUGCUUCAGCUACCUCCAACAAAUCGCCUGGUAAAGAAUAUGAGUGGAGGUCAACAAAGAAGAGUUUCUUUUGCCGCUGCAUUAAUCCACAGGCCCGAACUCCUAAUUCUAGAUGAACCUACAGUAGGCUUGGAUCCAGUUUUGAGGGACAACAUUUGGAAUUACCUGACCCAAAUCACGCAGGAGGAAGGUAUCACCGUGUUAAUUACGACGCAUUAUAUUGAAGAGACUAAAGAUGCUAAUAAAAUCGGCUUGAUGAGAUGUGGUAAAUUGUUGGCGGAGUCUGCACCACAGAAAUUGCUGGAGCGGUUUCAAUGUUCGUUAUUGGAGGAGGCUUUCCUGAAACUGUGCGAGGCACAGGAUAAUGCAAUCAUUUUAAAUGAAACUCAGGAAUCCAAAGCCGACGAUACUGGUAGCCAAGUCUUAAAUCAGGACCAAGAUAAAUAUCAACAAACAAAUGUAAACUCGGAUUACAAAGUGGUUUCGAAAAGUCGAGUUUCCCGAUCGAGAAGAUUCAAAGCUUUAUUGGCAAAGAACGGCAUCCAAUUUCUUCGUUAUUAUACAGGGUUAGUUUUUGCAAUAUUAUUCCCGAUAAUUCAAAGUGGCGUCUUUAUGUUUUCAACUGGUGAUGAUCCAAAGGAUUUGAAGAUUGGAGUUGUCAACGAUGAAUCUGGCAACUGUGACUACGGUAGCAAUUUUGGCAAUGUUUGGAAAGAUAAUAUCACUUGUCACUUCGGCAACCUUAGCUGUAGGUUUCUGCACAAUUUUGACGACUCUAUUGCAGAACAGGAGUAUUAUGACAAUAUGUCGGAGGCGAAUCGUGAGGUACGGAAUGGAGAACUCAGUGGUAUAAUACAUUUUAAUCAAAAUUUCUCCGAGGCUCUGCAAACACGAAUAGAUGAUGCCACCUUCGCGAAUGAUUAUGAUCUGUUUGCUAGUCAGAUUCAAGUUUUCCUUGAUAUGGGCGAUAUGCAAAUUGGGCUGUUCAUCCAGAGGAAGCUAUACGAACGUUUUUUAGAGACCUUUGAGGAUAUCAUGGGAGACUGCAAAUAUCCGUCAAGACUGGGCGACCCGCCAAUUCGAGUAAGUAUUAUUUCAUACAUU